AUGAAUGUUGUCCCUGUGCAGAUGGCGCAAACAGAUGGGCAUUUAGCCCCAACCUUAACCCCUGAUCCGCAGGAUAUCAGAAUUUCAGUUGCUGAUCCUACAAAACCUAUUCCAGAUCUACUUACCGGAACUAGAAAGGAGUACAUCAAAAUCGCUAUCCCUCUAUAUGAAGCAUCAAUUAGAGGUGAUUGGAAAGCUGCUAAAAUGAUUCUUGAUGAAAGGCCAGAGUUGGUAAGGUAUAGUAUCACUGGAAAUAGCGAAACAACACUUCAUGUUGCUGCAUCGGCAAAAAACACCAAAAAGGUUGAAGAAUUUGUGGAAAAUCUGAUGACUAAGAUGAAAAAGGAGGACCUGGAACUUAAAAAUGGCAGUUCCAACACUGCCCUUUGUUUAGCUGCUGCAGCUGGCAACGUUAAAAUAGUUGAGAUUAUGGUUAAAAGCAACAGGGCUUUGGUGGCAAUCACUGGUGCUGGAGGAAUGACACCACUGUAUAUGGCGGCCUUGUUUGGACAUUAUGAGAUGGUGAAGUGUUUGUAUGGAUAUUCCCAGAAGUUGCGUGACGAUUGCUGGACAGAUGAGACCCGUAGUUGGCUUCUUCUGAAAUGUGUGGAGACUGAUAUGUUUGAUAUGGCAUUGGAUAUUGUGAAAGAGCACUCAAAACUUGGUUUUAGUGGGCUUGCACUUGGAGCUUUGGCUCGAAAGACAAAUGUAUUUGCUGAAAUAGAAUCUAAUAUCAUCAGGAGAACUAUCGAGUGGGUUUGGACUUGCAUUCAUCCAAAGGUGGGACCUUCUAAAAUGGAAAGUAAAGCUGAUGCACUGGAACUACUAAAAAUUAUUUGGGGAAAAAUUGCGGAGAAGCCUACGAAUGAAAUUGAUAACAUAAUCAGAGGGCAGCCUGAUCCCAUUAAGAAAGAUGACGAUCCAGCUUCUGACACGGAUCAAACUCUACAACUACUACAAAAAAUUUCAGACAAUACUUCCAAAAAGCAUAAUGAAAGUGGGAUCAUAAACAAAGAGCAUGCUGCUACAGCUACAAACAAUACGAAUGUAGCCUUGCAGGAAAAUGCAAGACCAAAGUACUCUUCUCGAAUACUAUUUGUUGCUGCCGAAAUGGGGAAUACUAGAUUUGUUAUUGAGCUCAUCCGUCUAUAUCCUGAUAUAAUAUGGAAACUAAAUGAUGACAAUCAAAGCAUAUUUCACACUGCUGUCAAACAUCGUCAUGAGGGUAUCUACAACUUAUUGUACGAGAUAGGCUCAAUGAAGGAUCUCAUAACUCCUCUUAAAGAUACAAAUGAGAACAACAUGUUGCACUUAGUUGGGAAGAGUGCUAAGAAAAAGCGACUUGAGGAUGUGUCUGGAGUUGCUUUUCAAAUGCAACGAGAACUAUUAUGGUUCAAGGAAGUGGAAGAGAUGAUCCCUCCUGCUUAUCGGGAACGGAAGAACAAAGAUGGACUAACACCACACGAGUUAUUCACCAAGGAACACAAAGAUCUAGUCAAACAAGGUGAGGACUGGAUGAAAGAUACGGCUAGCCAAUGUAUGGUGGUUGCUGCACUUAUUGCCACCAUUGUAUUUGCUGCAGCUUUCACAGUUCCAGGUGGAUACGAUCAGAACGAUGGUUUCCCCAUCUUUUCUAAAAAUUUACCCUUCAUCAUUUUCGCUGUGGCAGAUGCCAUUUCUUUGUUCUCAUCAUCAGCAGCGAUCCUCAUGUUCUUAUCCAUACUCACAUCACGUUAUGCCGAACGUGAUUUCUUGGAGUCAUUGCCCAAAAAGCUGAUGUUAGGUCUAGCAACACUUUUCCUCUCCAUAACAACCAUGAUGAUUGCUUUUAGUGUUAGCUUCUUCGUGCUAUACCACAACAAACUGAAAUGGAUACCAAUCCUUAUCUCGUUUUUUUCUGCCUUGCCAGUCAUCUUAUAUGUUUCACUGCAGUUUUCUCUGAUAAAAGACGUCUUUUUCUCGACAUAUGCUUCUAGGUACCUCUUCCGGCCCAAGAAACAUAUUCUUUACUAUGAAAACUAACCGCCGUUGGUUCCCAUUAACAAGUCCUUUCAUUUCAAGGUGUACUUUGAAAAUGUUGUACCUGUUGUUAGUUUAAAUUUUUAAUUGUAAUAUGAUUCACUCAUGUUUGUUUCAAUGGCU